UAAACCGCCAUAUAGUGUUCCCCAUGUUUGUGAUUAUAUUUCAUAUAUGUAUCUAUAUUUAUAUGUUGACAUUUCUCCUCAGCCUGAAUACCAUUCACGAUGGCAAAGAGGCUGCGAACAGAAGAGAUGACUGAACCCCCGAGUGAUGUCACAACAAGUAAAAGAAUGAGCUCAGUGGCCAAUGUUGAUUUUGAUGACAUCUUGAAGGAGAUAGCCAAGGCCCUACACAGAGAUUCAGACAUCGAUGAUCUCGGAAAAGCCUUGGGAUUUGGGCCCGGAGAAAUCGGUCGCAAGAUUGCACAAAACGAAAGGCAAGGAGGGAAUUACAUGGGAACAUUGGAUUUGCUCAGGAUGUGGCAAAAGGGACAAACACCUACGACUGAAAAGGCGUCAUUGAGGUCGGCACUAUUAGAAGCUCGAUUGGAUAACCUGGCAGACCAAUAUCUAAGCACUCCCGUACCUGAAUCUGCACAAUACACUGUACAACAAACAGAGGACUGUUCCAAAAAUAAAGGUGACGAUGAGGCGAUGCCAAGUGAAAUAAUGAAGUUAAGAGAACAACUGAAAAGAAGAUAUCGCAAGAAAUUUGGUGAGAUCAAAACAUCGCCUGUGGACUCUCAGUCACGGACAUGGCUUCAGCACAUCUACGUCAAUCUCGUCUUGAUGUUGGGAUUGGAAGGGGAUAAGGAGGAGCCAAUAGAUUAUGAUGGAUUGUUUAAAUUCAUAAAAACUGAUACACCGAAAGGUUUUGUAACACGAUUAGCUUUCAUUGGAGAAGCUGGUGUAGGGAAGUCAACGCUGUUUGCUAAGAUAGCUCUUGAUUGGGCUGAGGGUAAAAUUCUUCAAGAAAUCAAUCUGCUUUUUCUUGAAUCAUUUCGAGAGAUUAAAGAGAGCGGAUUCUUCGGUGAUACUGUCAUGGCGCAUUUCCCAGAUGACUCAAAAAUAAAAGGGGAACGGGUGGAUGCAUAUGUGAGGAAAAAUCCGAGAAAAGUCCUAAUCUUAUUGGAUGGACUAGAUGAGGCACAUAUUGACAUCAAAAAGCCAGACUGCAAUGACGCUAUCGUAUCGAUCGUAAGAGGAGAACGAUUCAUUGAUACCCCAGUGGUCAUCACAACCCGUCCUUUUGGAGCUGAUCAGAUCAAGAGCAUCAUGACGAUUAAUGAGCACUACACGUUUGGUAAGGUUAAGGGCUUCACAAAGAAAAACAUGUCAACAUACAUCAAAAACUUUUUCAAAGAUGAUUCUCAGUCUGCUUCGACCCUCAUUAACUUCAUUAAUACAAACCACGUGGUUUCUGAGUACAUGGCAACCUUCCCGAUAUUCUGCUGUAUGCUAUGUUGCCUGUGGAAAACACCAUCUGGGCGGGAAAAUAUUCAGACAAUGGAAACAUUCUCACAACUCUUGAAGUUUCUCGUCUUUUCACUUCAAGAGCAAUACUCUUCCAAACGAAAUGAAUUAGAAGAGGGCUAUGGAAGCCGCAUGAACAAAGCUCAUGAAAGUAUGAAAGAGCUUGGUUGUAUUGCAUUUCAAGGUCUGUUGGUUAAACAGCUCAUCUUCGAUGAAAAGGCGCUCGACUCAUGCAUAGAGGCUGCAAGGACUGCAUGCGAGGUCGGGAUUCUUAGCAUGGAAAAAAAGCAAUUUAUCCAGGAAUUCUCUUUCCCUCAUAAGUUACUGCAGGAGUACAUAGCAAGUUUCUACCUUGCAUCGCUGUUCCACGAAGAUUGUCGAGAAUUCAACAGAAUCCUGGCAGACACUCUUUUAGUAGACUACAAGGAAUUCAGAUAUGUCUUUUACUUCACUGCAGCUCAUGGAGGCGAAGUAGGAAAGUCGGUUCUGGAAGCCCUAUGCAAUAAAGUUGAUGACAUGAAAUUCAUCAUUCAGGUUGCUUUUGAAUGUCAUGAUUCGGAAGCCAUUGAUCCCGUCAGGAAUCUUUUGAAGACGAAGACAUAUCUUAGUAAGAAGAAGUUCUCCGAUUCGUGA